AUAUUGCAAUGCUGUCGCCCGUAAAGGAUCUCCUUUGGGAAAUGUGUAUGGAUUUAUUGAUGGCACGAAAAUUCAGACUUGCCGAAUUGAGUCCUCUGGCGAUGGCAGAAAUUUGCAGCGCCAAAUAUACAGUGGCCACAAGAGAUUUCAUUGUUUGAACUACCAGGCAGUCACCUGUCCUGACGGUAUUUGUGUCCAUUUUUUUGGGCCCAUGGAAGGGCGUCGUCACGACGCUACAAUGCUCCGCCACAGUCAACUACUUCCAUUUCUUCAUCGACACCGUGAAUUGUUUUUGUCCAAAUUCAUUUAUGGCGACCCUGCUUACGGUAUUGUUGAUUAUCUUUUGUCGGGCUACAAAGGCAACAAUAUUGGUCCACUGAAGCAGGAGUUCAACAAGUGGAUGAGCCGUGUUCGCCAAUCC